GGGGGUCCGGCGAGGAUGGAAAGUUUUGGGCUGGGCGGAGCCGGGGGGGGGGCGGGCCCUGGGAGCCGAUUAAGCGGCGGGAGCCGAGGGGAAGCCCCAGCCGCGCUCGCAUCCCCCCGUGGGGCAGCCACCGGCACCGGGCUCCUGCGCGCCCCCCGCUCCGCUCGAGGAACAAUGGCAGAGACAUUCCUUGUGGAGAGCCCCGAUGUCACGUACAGCAAGGACUUCAUCGAGGCCAAGUACACGUACAGCACCGUGCACGUCUGCAAGGAGAACGGCGUCACCAAGGUGAGGCCGUGCUCCACCCGCUUCACCUUCCGCACGGGGCGGCAGGUCCCCCGCCUGGGGCUGAUGCUGGUGGGCUGGGGAGGCAACAACGGCACCACGGUGACAGCGGCCGUGCUGGCCAACAGGCUGGGCCUGUCCUGGAUGACCAAGACGGGGCGCAAGAAAGCCAACUACUAUGGCUCGCUGCUCCAAGCCUCCACUGUGUGCCUGGGCACCGGCCCCACCGGUGAUGUCUACGUGCCUUUCCGGGACCUGCUGCCCAUGGUGCACCCCAACGACAUCGUCUUCGAUGGCUGGGACAUCUCCUCGCUGAACCUGGCCGAGGCCAUGCGGCGGGCGGAGGUGCUGGACUGGCCGCUGCAGGAGCAGCUCUGGCCCCACAUGGAGAAGAUGAAGCCCCGGCCCUCCAUCUACAUCCCCGAGUUCAUCGCCGCCAACCAGGAGGAGCGGGCGGACAACGUGCUGCGAGGCUCCAAGGCACGGCAGGUGGAGCAGAUCCGCAGGGACAUCCGGGACUUCAAGGAGAGCAGCGGGGUGGACAAAGUCAUCGUGCUGUGGACGGCCAACACGGAGCGCUUCUGCGACGUGGUGCCGGGGCUCAACGACACCGCCGACAACCUGCUGCGGGCCAUCGAGCGAGGCCUGGAGGUGUCCCCGUCCACGCUCUUCGCCGUGGCCAGCAUCCUGGAGGGCUGCGCCUACAUCAACGGCUCCCCCCAAAACACCUUCGUGCCGGGCGCGGUGGAGCUGGCCGCCCAGCGCCGCGUCUUCAUCUGCGGCGAUGACUUCAAGUCCGGGCAGACCAAGCUCAAGUCGGUGCUGGUGGAUUUCCUGGUGGGCGCCGGGCUCAAGACCAAGUCCAUCGUGAGCUACAACCACCUGGGGAACAACGACGGGAAGAACCUCUCGGCCCCGCAGCAGUUCCGCUCCAAGGAGAUCUCCAAGAGCAACGUGGUGGACGACACGGUGCUGGCCAACCCCGUGCUCUACGGCCCGCACGACAAACCCGACCACUGCGUGGUGAUCAAAUACGUGCCCUACGUGGGGGACAGCAAGCGGGCGCUGGACGAGUACACGUCGGAGAUCAUGAUGGGCGGCACCAACACCAUCGUCAUCCACAACACCUGCGAGGACUCGCUGCUGGCCAGCCCCAUCAUCCUGGACCUGGCCAUCCUGACGGAGCUGUGCCAGCGCAUCACCUUCUGCACCGAGGGCGACCCCGAAUUCCAGGGCUUCCACAGCGUCCUCUCCAUUGUCGCCUUCCUCUGCAAGGCCCCCCUGGUCCCCGAGGGCACCCCGGUCGUCAACGCUCUUUUCCGCCAGCGCAGCUGCAUCGAGAACAUCCUGAGGGCCUGCCUGGGGCUGCCCCCCCAGAACCACAUGCUGCUGGAGCACAAGAUGCAGCGGCCGGCGCUGAGCCCGAAACGCGCCUGCCCGGGGGGGGCCACCUGCCCCCUCACCCCCAAAAAGGCGGCGACCCCCCCCCAGCUCAACGGCCACCCCUGCCCCGCCACCGCACGGCCGGGACCCCCGCGCCCCCCCCUGCACAUCGACGGGGCCAACUAACGCCCGCUGGGGACCCCCCCCCCAAAAAAAAAAAA